AUGUUGACUCGGCUGCGUCCAUAUCUGCAUAUCGUGAUAUUGUGCCUUAUUUGGUAUAUUAUCUCGUCAUUGGGCUCACAGGUGACCAAACAAAUAUUGACGGUCAGUGCAUUGCCUCUCUUCCUCGGAGAGUUCCAAUUCAUAUACACAGCAUUACUGGCUGCCGCCUCAUGCUGUUUGGCUUAUUCAUAUCCGUACUUCUACGAUAUGUUUCCUGCUGGAACUUUCCCGGAGUAUUCCUGUAAGCAGAUAACAACGCGACGGGGAGCAUCGGUUAUAACAAGACCAUCGGCGCAUAUCGUCCAGACCGUAUUACCGCUAGGUGUAUUUCAAUUUGUUGGGAAAUAUUUUGGUCACACAGCAACGUCGUUAGUCCCUGUCUCUACAGUGGCCAGCAUCAAAACUGUAUCUCCUGUUUUCAUUCUCUUGAUUCAAAAAAUACUUAGGAUUGAAACAUUAAGGUUCGAUAUUAUCCUGUGUUUCAGCUUAUCGUGUUUGGUGUCUGGUGUUUGGAUUAUAGUUGCUGAGGACAGUAAACACUACGAAAGUAAAGGAAAGUCUUCUAAUUACUCCUCAUGGGGUGUUCUUUGUGCGAUUAUUUCUAUGUUCAUAUUUGUUGGACAAAACAUAUACGGGAAGAAGGUAUUUACUUUCAAAAGCAAAGUGACCAAGUUGAAAAACGAGCCCGAGAGAGAAGAUUCGCCAUUGCCCAUUUAUUCUGAAUUAAAGCCAAGGGGAGAAGAAAUUGGGAAGAUCAAGUAUGAUAAGAUGACUCUGAUGAUUUACAUCUCGUCCGUCGGCUUUUUAUUAUCCUUUGGCUGGUUUAUGACUCUAGAGUUCCCAAUUGUCUGGGGAUAUCUGAUGCGAGGGAAACCGUCGCCCCUAAUUCAAGUCUUCCCUUGGAAAUUGUAUCUGUUAAACGGUACCUUGCAUUUCCUCCAGGCUAUGAUCGCAUAUCAUCUGCUCGGCGAGGUUUCUACUUUGACAUACUCGAUUGCAAACCUGAUGAAGAGAAUAGCGAUUAUCUCUGUCAGUUGGUUGUUUGUUGGUCGCCCAAUCACAUUUUUUCAAGUAUUUGGGUUACUGAUGAAUACAUUAGGACUAUUCUUAUAUGAAAAAUGUAGUAGUGACAGGAAGAAAACUAAAUUACGUCCCGACUAA